AAAAUAACCCUCAAACUCUUCAUCUUUAUCCCAACUCCAUCUUCCUUUUCUCCGUUUGCUUUCCCAGUUUGGCGCCUACCUUUUUUUUGGAGUGGGGGUUGCUUAAAAGCAUCGAACUCGAAGCCAUUCUGAAUACGGAAAGACAGGAGGUUUUGUUGCUUGUAUGUAUUGAUUGAAGAACGAAAAGGGGGGGUUUUGGGUGGAAGGAAAUGAGCACAGGAGUAAGUACGUUUGUGAUCAGAUGGAUCAAUUUUCUGACCUUGUUAGUAGCUGUGGGUGUAGUUGGUUUCGGCGUGUGGAUUAGCACUCAUCAUGAUGGUUGUCGGAAGUCCCUAACUCUCCCAGUUUUGGGUCUAGGCGCUCUAAUAUUCUUGAUAUCAAUUAUCGGGUUUCUUGGCGCGCUAAAGAACAACUCUAUAUUAUUAUGGAUGUAUUUGAUCAUGCUUUGCUUGAUUCUAUUGGGAAUUCUUGUUUUUACUGUACUAGCGUUUAUAAUAACCAACAAUAGCUCUGGACAUGAUGUUGUGGGUUUGAAAUUCAAGGAAUACCAACUUCACGAUUAUAGUAAAUGGUUUCUAAAAGAAUUGAACAACACUCAUAACUGGAAGCACCUUCAAAGUUGUCUUGUUAAAGCUGAUGAUUGCAGUAACUUGUCAAAAAAAUACAAGACUAUCAAACAAUACAAAUCGGCAAAAUUAACUCCCAUUGAAGCUGGUUGUUGCAGACCACCAUCCCAGUGUGGCUAUCCUCCUGUGAAUGCAUCUUACUAUGACUUGAGCUUCCAUCCAUUGAGCUCCAAUAAGGACUGCAAACUUUACAAGAAUUCAAAAGCCAUCAAAUGCUACAACUGUGAUUCCUGCAAGGCUGGAGUAGCGCAGUACAUGAAAACUGAAUGGCGUGUAGUUGCUAUCUUUAACGUGGUUUUGUUUGUCGUCUUGUUUGUAAUCUAUUUGGUGGGAUGUUGUGCGAGACGGAAUGCUGCAAGUAGCCGCUUGAAAUCUUGAAACUUCGAAAGGUUGGUUGCUUUUUUUUCUUUGAGCGAAUCGGGCGAAACUCGAACUCAGGUUAUGUAUUUCUUCAUUUAGAACUAGAAGUAAUGUUGUAAAGAUUUCAAGACUUUGCUUCAUGU